CAAAUACCGUCGACGACCCUGUCCUUUUCAACUACCAAGGACAGGCAGGAAUACUGAAGAAAAAUAUCAAACCCUCCUUUCCGAGCAAACAUCUCAAACACUGCAUUCUCGACUUCCUGGCAAAUGAGACUACAAACCUCCGUCCUCCACAACUACAGCUACAGACAACAAAAGAUAUGACAAUAGUCAACGGCCACAACAACCGAAGAAGGUCUUCACUGUCGGGUGAACCGUCAUCACGCCGCGAUGCCCAAGUCUCUCAAGAUGCCGACGUCCUCGCCACGCUCGGACACACCCAGGAACUCCCGCGCCAGUUCAACCUAUGGAGCAUGUUGGCGCUCGCCUUCACGGUCCUGGGGACCUGGUCGACCCUGGCGCAGAACCUCGCCUCAGGCCUGACCGCAGGCGGGCCCGUCAGCAUCCUCUGGGGUCUGGUUCUGGUGACGGCGUGCAACCUCUGCGUGGCUGUCUCGUUGGGCGAAUUGACCAGUGCCAUGCCCACGGCUUUGGGACAGGCGUACUGGAUCUUCCGCAUCCUCCCUACCCCGACGGGCCGGUUCAUCUCUUACAUGUGUGCCUGGAUCAAUACCUUCGGGUGGUGGACUUUGACCGCCUCCCAGACGGCCUUCAUGACCAACUUUAUCCUCGCCAUGAAGUUGCUGUUCAGCCCCGACUGGGCGGGCGCCCAUCACUCGUGGCUCUCGUUCCUCAUCUACAUCGGCCUCACGGCGCUGUUGACCGUGGUCAACAUCGUCGCCUGCCGUAGGGACCGCGUGUUACCCUGGAUCAACAACGUCGUCGGCGUCCAGUUCACCGCGUUGUUCCUGGCGUUUGCCUUGGCCCUGCUCAUUUCCGUCGGCGUCAAGGCCGGAAUGGCCUACCAGUCCGGCUCGUUUGUGUUUGGGACCUGGAUCAACAACACGUCCUGGCCGAGCGGGGUGGUAUGGUUCACGGGCCUGAUCCAGUCCGCGUACGGCCUGACGGCCUUUGACGCCUGUAUACACAUGGUCGAGGAGCUUCCGGCACCCGGCAGGAACGGUCCCCGGAUCAUCUGGCUCUCGGUCCUGAUCGGUGCCGUCUCGGGUUUCUUGUUCAUGAUGGUCUGCCUGUUUUGCGUCCAGAGUGUCGAAGGCUUGACCGGUGCGAGCCUGCCGUUCGUCGAGUUGUGCCUCUCGACCAUCGGCCUCACGGGCGCGGCCGUCCUGUUGGCGUUUUUCAUCGUGAAUGGCGUCGGACAAAACGUCAGCAUCAUGACCACGGCCAGCCGAUUGACCUGGGGUUUCGCCCGGGACGGCGGGUUACCCUGGCACAAACAACUCGCCGUCGUGAGCGAUUACUGGCGGGUCCCCACUCGAGCGCUGUGGGCUCAGGGAGUCCUGAUCGGCAUCGUCGGGGUUUUGUAUUUGUUUGCAAACACGGUCUUGCAGGCGAUCCUGAGCGUCAGCACCAUCGCCCUGACCAUCUCUUACGGCAUACCGAUUGCGGUACUGUUGAUCCAAGGGAGAGACAAAUUACCCGUCCAGGGAGAGUUCAGGCUGGGUAGAUGGGGACUCGCCGCCAACAUUGUCAGUCUGGUGUAUUGUGUCGUCACCACGGUGUUUUUCUUUUUCCCGAGCGACCCCAACCCGAAACCCGCCAACAUGAACUGGGCCAUUGCGGUCUUUGGGGUCAUGUUGGUGAUUGCACUCGGGUUUUGGUUCGUCCAGGGUCGACGCUCCUACCUCAGGACCGAAGAGGCCAUGUUGAGGAGUUUGGUCAGUCAGGCUGGACAAGAGGACGUUCUGGGCACCGUCUGUGUGGAGGAUGCUGAUGCCCGUGGUGGCGACGGCGAGUCGAUCAAGAUUAGAGAUGAGACCGUGGAGGCUCAAACGACCAUAGAUCGGGAAGAUAGAAAGCAUAUAUAG